GAAACUCUCUUGUUUUGUAGAUCAAAAGAUGGAAUUUUUGGACGAAGAAAGCCGACCGAGGUUCCUCUUCCAUUCUCGCGUUUCUUCUUCUCACAGCCCGGAAUCUGAAACCCAGAAGAUCAGCAAACCAUUGGUCUUCAUCUGCACUUCUGUUUCCAUUCUCUUCUUCGUUCUCUCCUUUUUUCUUCAAUCCGAAACCCUCAAAUUCCUCUUCAUAUGGUUCUCUCUGUCCCUCCUUGUUGGCCCAUUCGCUCCGAUCUCUAUCACCGGCGGCGACAUUCGUGUCGGUAAGGGCGAGCCUCUCGAGCCAUUGCCAGAUCUCGAUCCGCCCCUCGAAGUCGAUGAAUCGAAGAAAAGAGCUUCCGGUCGCCGCCAGAAAGUUCGGAGAUCUGAGGAUUCCGUGGUGAACUCAUCUUCACUGGUGGUUGCAACUGUUAACAACUCAGAGAAGAAAUUCGAAAAAAAUAGAGGGAAUCCUGCGUGUAACGAUAAUGGGUUUGUGGUUGAAGACGUAAAGGAGUGGACUGACGAGGAUUUUGAGCUGCUGACGAAACAGAUAUCGAAGCAUCCUGUUGGAGAGCCGAAACGAUGGGAAUUGAUAGCUGAAGCUUUCCGGGGACGGCACGAAUUGGAUAGUGUGAUUAAGACGGCGAAAUCACUGUCAGAGAAGAGACCCAGUGGUGGAGAUUCAUUCUCGCAGUUUCUGAAGCAAAGAAAACCCUUAGACAAGCGGUUGGAAGCUGUGAAUGAAGAAUCAGCAGUUGGGUCGACGACUAAUGUUGAGAUUAAGAAAGAAAACAUUGGUUUGAAUUGGACCUCUGGCGAAGAUAUUGCUCUUCUUAAUGCUCUGAAGGCAUUUCCGAAAGAUGUUCCGAUGAGAUGGGAGAAGAUCGCAGCUGCUGUUCCGGGUAAAUCUAAGGCUGUUUGUAUGAAAAGAAUCACCGAGUUGAAAAGGGAUUUCCGUAGCUCAAAAGCUAUUGCAGACUCAUAGUAAGGCCUUAAUAAAAUUGGGUAAUUUGCCCAUAGUUUCCAAUUUCUUUCUACGGCAUCAAUGAGGUAAGAGUUGGAUCGUUAUCUUACUGACCAAAAAUGUCAAAACUCGAAGGUUAAUGAGUAAUUUGUCAGAGAUU